AUGGCGGCAACAACCUUCAAGCAGUACUGGCUCCCUGAGAAAAAGGGAUUCGAUUCCCUGACCCUUCGCCAUGUUCCCAAGGAACCUCCCAAGUUUGGCCAAAUAUUGGUCCGAAUCAAGGCUGUUUCUCUAAACUGGAGGGAUGGAAUCUUGGCGAUUGGGACAUAUCCUUUUCCUGGGCCGGAUGCGGUGGUUCCCGGGAGUGAUGGUGCCGGAAUUGUCGAAGAGAUUGGAGAGGGAGUAACUGGAUGGAAGGUCGGGGAUCGAGUUUUGGCCAACUUCACCCAGGAUCAUAUUGCCGGCCGGCUGACACGCGAGAUCGGCCUUACUCAACUGGGAGGCGAGAUCCAGGGUCUUCUGGGUGAAUACUUCAUCUUUCCCCAGACCGGCGUCGUCAGGAUCCCGGACUAUCUCUCCUUUGAAGAGGCAUCUUGCCUUCCUUGCGCUGCACUGACCGCAUGGAACGCCUUGUAUGGCCUCACGCCGCUCCGGCCCGGCCAGACGGUUCUGCUUCAAGGCACCGGUGGGGUUUCGACUUUUGCGCUGCAGAUUGCCCAUGCUGCAGGGGCAAAGACCAUUGUCACGUCUUCGUCUGACGAGAAGUUGGAAAAGGCCAAGCUUCUGGGCGCAACGCACGUUGUCAAUUAUAGGAAGACACCUGACUGGGCGGCGGAGGCCAUGAAAAUCACCAACGGCAAGGGAGUUGACUACAUUAUCGAGAUUGGAGGAACCUUGACCCUUCAAGCAUCUUUUGAUGCCAUCGGGUUUAAUGGACAGAUCAACUGUAUUGGCCAUAUCACCAACCCGGACCCGUUAGGGGCCGGCAAGGAGCUUCGAGGCCCGGAUGCAGCGUUCCUCGCGCUCGACAGACUUUGCGUCGUUCGUGGCGUAGUUGUUGGUUCUCGAGAGCAGCUUCAAGACAUGUUGGCUUGCUUCGAGGCCAAGUCAAUCCGGCCUGUCAUUGACCGGGUCUUCUCGUUUGAGGAGACCAGGGCGGCGUAUGACUACCUCUGGAGCUCAACCCAUACGGGCAAGGUUGUCAUCCGCGUCCCUUAG